AUGUUCAGCGGAAGGGUGCAUAUGCGGCUUGUGGGCCUGCUGGUACAAUCGCUGUCCUAUUUGUUCAUCUUCUGGUCGCUGAACGAGUACGGCGGUGACUGUGGCGAGGUGGUGGUGGUGACGGUGCUGCCGCUCGCCGAGGUGAUGGGCCGCACUUACUACUACUGUUGGAUGGGCCAGUCAGUCAUCUGUGCGGGCGAGGGUCUUCUGGCCGCCGUGAGGGAGGCAGCGUACGAGGUGGGGCUAGGCACACCCACGCACGAUGUCCUUUCCGAACUUGCCAACCGCCUGGAAGCCACACCACCCUCCAUCAAGAUCUGGGGCAUGGGGAGCGUGUCAGCCCGCACCCACGUCAAACUGUCCGGCGUGUUGAUGACCUACGUGGUGGUGCUGUUGCAGUUCUGUGAGCGGAGCGCCUACGCCUCCAACACCAAACAGUACGAGGCUGCCACCCCCUACGACCACUGCUUCGGCCCCAGCAACAACAACUCUGUCUAG